AUGUCCAAGAGAAUGCUCAGCCACCGCGGCGACAACGACUGCAACGACGUGUUCUACACUUAUGAUGCUUUCAUCGAGGCCGCGAACAAGAUUACAUGGAUGACAGCAUCAUUUGAUAGUGUGGAUGCUUCAAGCUAUGAUGCUCUUGUACUUCCUGGCGGACGGGAUCCUGAGUAUCUGGCACUGAAUGAUGAAGUCAUUAGCUUGAUGAAGGGCUUCGUGGAUAAAGGAAAGCCAAUUGCAUCCAUCUGCCACGGCCAACAGAUUUUAUCUGCUGCUGGAGUCCUUAAGGGGAAGAAAUGCAUGGCAUACCCGGCUGUCAAGCUCAACGUGGUGCUUGGAGGCGCAACCUGGCUGCAGCCUAACCCCAUCGACCGCUGCUUCACCGAUGGCAAUCUUGUGACUGGUGUCGCUUGGCCCGGGCACCCGAAGUUCGUUUCCCAGCUCAUGGCUUUGCUCGGUGUCAAGGAUUGCUUCUGA